UCUGGAGUCAAGUGCACUAACCAUGAGGCCACCACGCCUCCCUCCCUUCCUUGUCGAAAAUUACACUCAAAUUGAGGUCUUUCUCUUUCAGGUUCAACUUAUUACAACGAGGAUGGCCUCAAUGGCAGUAAAGACAUUUCACUUUCGUCCCUAAGGCGGAAGCUUUUCAUGCAAGUAGAAAACAAAAAUGAUGCUGAGAAGGAUCCACUGGAAAUAAAAUCCAUUUUAAAGAGCCCCAAAAGUCCUGUUUUGGUCACAUCUAGCCCAGUGUCUGACCAGUCAACACCAAAACAUGCAAUAAGGAACAGACAUUCAACCGCCAGCACCAUGUCAAGUCCAAACAUCUCUCCAAUAAAACCACUACUGUCUGUCCCUGAGACACCCACGUCCACCAGAAGGCCAUAUCUUUCAAGGCAGAGUCUGAGCCCAAUGGAGUGUUCAACAAACGUAUUUGAGUCAUCUGGGAUUGAAAUCAUAGGAGAUGCCCUUCCAGAUCUGUCUCCAAUAAAAGCAAAUUCAAGAACUGACAGCCACCACGUCCAAGAAAUGGACUUGGAAACUGGUAUGUCAUGUAACGUGCAUGAAGUGUCAAUUUGCUUACUCGAGGAGUCUGGGUUCGACAACAAUGUAACGCAUCGUUGGCCUUCCAGAAUAGCGUCUUUGACAAUUGCAAUANUGAAAUCUCAAGCUCAUAAUCUAAUAAACAAUCAGACUAUGAGCUCAAGAUUUCUAUUGUAUGAUAGUUGA